AUGCCGAUGAUCACACCCGCACUAAGGCGUACACAACCCACCACUCCAAGCUCGAGCAUGGCCGCCUCUUCAUCCUCCACGGCCACACUCGCUGCUCAACCACUACCGCCACUGCCACGCAUCCCGCUCGAUUCGGCUACGGUCUCGCGCAUCGCCGAACCCGUCAAGAAGAUCGCCUCGGAAGAAGACGUCGAGAGAUGGAAGCAGUCCGAAGCGUAUUCCACCUACCUGUUGUUCUUGCAGCGCGUAUGUGAAGCGUCGGUGGGCAAGCCAACUUCUCUACCCACACGUUUGACGGACAACGAUGACGAAGCGAGCCCGGUCAGCAAGCUGAUCAAGCUGCUUUACGAUCUCGAUUCAUGGACCGACGAUAUCGAGCCGCAGAGCAAACCGCAACGCUUCGGAAACUUGGCCUUCCGCGAUUGGGGGGCACGUCUCGCGGAACGCAUCGAUCAACUCCACGCCGACCUGCUGCCGCAACGGUUGCAUCCGUUCGUGACAGAGCUGAGAGCGUACCUGCUCGACGCAUUCGGCAGCUUCACACGCAUCGACUACGGCAGCGGACACGAGCUGGCCUUCUUUGCCUGGGUGUGCAUGCUCUACCGUCUUGGAUUUUUCGGGAAUACAGAGGAAGAUAAGGGGGAGAUGUUGGCGGAUGAGAAGGUGGAAGCGGACAUCGGGCUGCGGAUCUUCCCGCUGUAUCUGCUGGUCGUUUGGCGGCUUCAGGAUCGGUACGGACUCGAGCCAGCCGGCUCGCACGGUGUGUGGGGGCUAGACGACUUCCAAUUCCUACCCUACGUGCUUGGAGCCGCGCAGCUGCGCACCCAGUCCGCCCUGCGUCCCUCGCAGAUCGUCGCAGCGUCCUCACACACGAGCAUCCUCAAGGACCAACUCACCGCGACCGACCCGGCCACCCUCAUCUCGCUCCCGCUGACCCUCCCUCGCUCGCUCCUUAUUACCUCAAGCGCGCCAACAGACGGUAGCGGCAGCGCUAUUGAUACGGGAGAUACGGGAGAGCGUGCGGUGGUGACGCCAAAUCUGUACCUCACCUCGCUGCUGCGCAUCCAGGUGCUCAAGCGCGGACCAUUCCACGAACACUCGCCGCUGCUGCACGAUAUCGCGACCACUGUGCCCAACUGGGUCAAGGUGCACAUGGGUAUGUUGAAGAUGUACACGGCCGAGUGCAUGGGUAAGAAAGUGGUGGUGCAGCACUUCCCGUUUGGCGGGGUUGGGUUUGUUUGGGAUGACACCAGGCCCGUUGUUGCAGCGUCUGCCUCGACGGGUAUACCGGGGGCCGGUGCGGGUGGUGGCGCGGGGAGGACAGGCGUCGGGAUGGCGCUAGGCGGGAUGCAGGGUAACAUGGGAAGUAUGGGUGUGCCCACGGCAAGGGUGACGAGGAUGCCGGGUGCUGCAGGUAGUGCUAGUGGUAGUGCCAGUGGUAGUAACGUGGCAACGGGAAGGUUGGGCCAUGCGCUAGGGCUGGGUCCGAGACCGGGACAGACGAGCAGACCGGCGGUGACAGGCGCUUCGCAAGCACCCAGCACCAUGGUUCCCCCGCUCAGAAUGCCUGCUCCAACAACAACACAAACAUCGGCUCCAAACACGGCAAAUCUCUCAGAUCAACCUCACCAGAACCAAUCAUCUUGA